AUUGUACACAGCUUUAGUUAUUUUUCAGCGAAAACUAUGACCCACGAAUAUAAAGUAACUGACCAGAUAUUGUCGUCCAAUGAACUCUUCGUAUAAUAAUUAUGGUAGCCAAUACAACAGUUACUACACAUCAGGACAUAGAAUUCCCUCUGAUGUGAAAGCUCAUGCGUGUUUAAUGAUCUUAGCAUGGGGUUUCUGUAACCCAAAUGCAAUCAUCAUUUCAAGGCACUUCAAGAAAGGUUGGCCAGGUCGGACAAUAAAUAACUUCGCUUACUGGUUUCAGUUUCACGUUAUUCUGCAGUCAUUUACUCUUAUGUUCGUUUUGUUGGCACUAAUGAUUAUUGUUGUACAUGUUAUGGGCUACUCAAAUUUGAAUGAUCUUCCUUUCAGCGCUCACCCAGCAUGUGGAUUUGCAAUCAUUGUGCUUACAUUCUCAAAUCCUAUUGUUGCAUGGUUUCUUUGCACGACAAGCGGUCGUCAGAGGGCUAUUACGAAAUACAUUCAUCAGGUAGCUGGAAUUUUGUCACAGAUGCUUGCAGUCCCGACGGCCUUAAUCGGACUACAGAUGCCAGUCUUGGGAUAUGGUGUUUGUUCAUCAAAAAUAUAUUCUACACUUUUUGCUAUAACUGUUGCUCUUAACAUCAUAGUCGAAAUAACUUUUGAAGUUAUUGGAUAUAAACUCGGAAAAAAUGUCAAAAUUGUCCAGUCAAUUCUAAGCAUUCAAGCUGAUGAGGCUGACAAACUGCUCGCUCGAAUUGCCGAAGAUCCGAAACAUGGAGCCACAUUUUUAGAACCCUAUAGAACAGAACUUAAUCAAAGGCCUAAAAGAGGUGUACCAAAAGAAAUUACCAAAAACCAUAUGGACAGAGUUGGAUGAAGAUUACUGGUGGGCAGCCUAUGCUUUUCUACAAGGGGUAAAAGGCGUAAGUACAUGUAUUAGGUAGAAGUCAAUAUUUGAGUCAAAGUAGUACCUCGAACAUGGCGGUCGCUCUUAAUUAUCAAAAUGGUAUUAUAAAAGUUGUAAGUCAUUAUUUGCUUAUCCUGAAUAAGCCUUGGUUUUAUAUUUAUGUCAAUUAUCCUGAAUCCUCCAAAGUUACUCAUUAAUUAAUAAAGAGUGAUGCUUGUUUCAAGUAUGCACAUAUGCUUCUUAUGAGCUGAGUCACUUCAAGUAGUACAGUAUUUCAGCUACAUUAGUGAUUUUAUAUUUUCAUCAAUAAAAAAGUCUGGUGUCAGACAAUGGCACCCAGUUAAUUUUUUCUAUCUUUAAGUUCAGUAAAAGCUUUUGAAUUAAUCAUAUCUGAUAUUUUCAAUUAAAUGGUCGAGUACGAGUGUUAGUAGACACAUUCAAGCAUGGAUGUACAAGGCGACUAGACAAAUAUUUGUUACUGAACGAGACAAUAUUAACUGUAUUAGCUCUGGAAGAGCUAAAUAUACAUAAAUCAUAUAUUUUUAGAAUGACAUAACUUUCCUCAGUGAAGUUAAAUACAAAGAUGGAGAAACAUCUCGAUAGCUGUGAUUAGGCCAAAUCGAAAAUCAGUAAUUUCUAUUCUUAGCUGAUUAGAUUCAUG